UCUGUUAAUAAUUUCACCUGUAACGGAUUGUAAGUUUACAAAUUGUAUAGUGUGGGACACGUGCUCUCGUGGAAUACUAGAAUUUCAAUUGCGGGCAAUGGAUUCAGUCAAACUUUUACUUCUUGCAGUUAAAAUUUUAUGGUUGAUUAGUUAUGCUAACGCUAAGAGAAAUCCAACAUUUGCAGGAGUGUUACUUAAUCAAUGCCGAGGACAUCAAAUUCGUUGGAGAUCCAAAUCUUGUGAUAGUAAAUAUCACAUUGAGAAACAAUACUCACUCAGACGUUGAUCUUCAAAUCAAGAGGAAGGUUUUAACGGUUUUUAUGCGGAUGGUUAUUACAUUGGUGCAGGGUUUCAACCGCAAAAGUGUUAUAUUUGACAAGCGCUUCAACAUGUGUGAAUCGUCGAAGAAUCCAAUCUCACACUUUCUAUCGAUUUACUUGUCGAACAUAGCGCGGAGGUUCUUCAGGAACGGGCGCUUAUGUCCUCUAGGUCCUGCUUCGUUUCGGGAGAGAAAUAUACCUUUCAAUACCAAUUUAUUGCCGCUGCAGAUAAUUUACAGGCCUGGCUACUCAGUUAUCAUAAAUAGUACAUUCUCAGAGGACAGCAAACUAGCUACCAUAGCUGGGUAUCUAUACACCCAGGUGAAAAUUGUAAAGACCGUUUGCUGAAUAUUGUUAAGAAAAUAACGAAAUUAACAUACGUACUUUGCUCACAAGGAAUUUACUGUCUACAAACUGUUUUUGCUUUAGAUUUUUUGUACCUAAAGACAGUUGGGGGGAUUCGAGGUUUGCAGUUAUUAUCGACCAAAAAUACUUCCUCAGCAGGUUACAGAAACGGCGAUUAUUCUGAAGUUUAUGGUAUUUUCUGGAUCUGUCUAUGACAAAAUAAGAGCUUUGCAAUGAUUGUAUGAAUUAGUUGGAAUGUAAUUUAAAAUAUAAUGAAAAGUGGGUACCGCACGGAUUCCGUCACAGUUUGUGUUUUCUUGGGUAAUCAUAUUGGUUUUUGUUUUCUUGAAAAAUGGAUUUUUCACUUUCGUUGCUUCGUUAAUAAAAAUUUAUGGCAAAAUACCUUUCAAG